AUUAUUACAAGGCAAAUCGCUCAAUACCUCCUUUGUGGAUAUUUGCAAUCGCUCUGCUAUUUUUCCAUCUCUUUGGGCUAUUUCCAACGAUACUGAACAAGCAUGACUCUGGAAGAGGUUCACGGACAGGAAACCGUUGUCGAAAGCACCGACAGGAUGCACAAGGCUGGUGAAGCCUUGCAAGAGCUUCUGCUCUCCGCUCAGAGACACGAGUGUCUGACUGUAGGAGUCUACGAGUCUGCCAAAGUCAUGAAUGUAGAUCCAGACAAUGUCACAUUCUGCAUUUUGGCUGCUGAUGAAUUCGAUGAGGGCGACAUUGCCCUGCAGAUCCACUUCACUUUAAUCCAGGCUUUUUGCUGUGAAAAUGAUAUCAAUAUCGUGAGGCUCAAUGACACAGAGAAGCUAGCCCAGAUUCUGGGAUACACAGAUGACUCUGGAGAGCCCAAAGACCUGCACUGCGUCCUUAUUACGAAUCCCAAUGAGGAUGCUUGGAAAGAUCCUGCACUGGAAAAACUUGGUCUAUUUUGCGAAGAAAGCCGUAAUCUCAACGACUGGGUCCCUACCAUCACACUGCCAGAGUGAAGAACUGACUAGUGCAUGAGAUUGUGAAAUCUUUGUUUGCAUUCUUAUCCUGGUGUUGUGCACUUGGAUGAACCAACAGCGUUCCUGAGUCUGGAGUACGCUGGUUGAAGACGGGGAUGAUGCCGCUGAGACUGGCGAGAUGUUGGCUCUUGUGGAGCAAUAAAGAGUAAGGUGGAAACUUGAAAUGGACUGAUCUUCAGACGGAAUGGCUUAUGGCCAGAGAAGAAGCCUACCCACCGCACUGGUACUGGUGGGGGGCAGUCAUACCAUGGGAAGUUAAGGAAGAUUGCAAGUGUGUUGGCCUGGAGGAAAUGUUGCAAGGUGGAAAGCAUUGAUUUGGACAUGUGGGCUUUUUGGGCAACACAUGACUGGCGAGAACAUUCGUGUUAUGAAAUAGUUUGGAGCUUUCUGAAAUGCUGAUACUGGAAAUGAAUACCAAAAAAAAAGAAAAGAAUUCUGGACUUUGCAGCUGCAAUCUGCAAAUAGGACUUGCAUAAGCUGUAGAGCAGCCUGGUGGAUAGUGCAGUUACGAUCAUCAUCUAUUCUAUAAUGGACUAUAACAACUAUAUGCUUGGCACUGUUCCAAAGUACUAUAUCUUUUAACACUGUUCUUGGUGUUUAUUUUUUUUAAAUAAUUUCUUUAUGCAAUAAAAUAAAGAAAAAUUGAAACUUAA